UCCAAAUUCUUCGCUGUCCUUCCAACGUAUUUCCCGCACACUUCUCGCUUAUAACUCUUUUCCUCUUCGACCGAAUCCGCCAUGGAUCCCCAUCCUCCCCGCCGCCGUCACCACAACCCGCCAUUUCCAGCCACUUCUCACGAAGGCGCCACUGCUUCUUCGAGGGAUCUCCUCAAGAAGUCUUCCUCCACCGUCGCCAACGGCGGCCGUCGAGCCCCGUCUCCGACCCCUAAAGCUUCCGAUGCUUUGCCUCUGCCGCUGUACCUUACCAAUGCUGUUUUCUUCACGCUCUUCUUCUCCGUUGCGUACUAUCUCCUUCACCGCUGGCGUGACAAGAUCCGGAACUCUACCCCUCUUCACGUCGUUACCUUGUCAGAGAUUGCCGCCAUUGUGUCCCUCAUCGCGUCUUUUAUUUACCUUCUUGGCUUUUUUGGCAUUGACUUCGUACAGUCCUUCAUCGCGCGUGCUUCUCACGAUGUUUGGGACCUCGAUGAUGAUGCCGGCGAGGCCGAUGCUGCCGAGUCUCGUCCUCACAACCACCAUCCCCGCCGUGAUUUCGUAAUUGAGCAACCGGUUCCUAGAUUAGUGGUGGAUUCCGAUCCCUUGGUUUCGUCUCUGCCCUCCGAGGAAGAUGAGAAGAUCGUACAAGCCGUGCUGGACGGUACGAUUCCAUCGUACUCACUCGAGUCCAAGCUCGGUGACUGUAGGCGCGCGGCGGCCAUCCGACGCGAGGCCUUGCAGAGAAUGAAUGGAAAAUCUCUUCAGGGAUUACCGUUGGAUGGGUUCGAUUACGAUUCAAUUCUGGGGCAGUGCUGUGAAAUGCCGGUGGGUUACGUACAAAUUCCGGUGGGAGUAGCUGGGCCUUUGUUGCUUGAUGGCUUUGAGUAUACUGUACCAAUGGCAACCACUGAGGGGUGCUUGGUGGCGAGCACGAACAGAGGUUGUAAAGCCAUUUAUGCUUGUGGCGGGGCUACCAGCAUAGUGCUGAGGGAUGGAAUGACCAGAGCGCCUGUUGUAAGGUUCGCCACAGCCAAAAGGGCGUCGGAGUUGAAGUUCUUUCUUGAAGAUCCUCUCAAUUUUGAUACCCUGGCCGCCGUUUUUAAUAGGUCAAGUAGAUUUGCUAGGCUUCAAAGUAUUCAUUGUUCUAUUGCUGGAAAGAACCUGUACAUGAGAUUCAGCUGUUGCACAGGUGAUGCCAUGGGGAUGAACAUGGUUUCCAAAGGAGUGCAGAAUGUUCUUGAUUUCCUUCAAAAUGAUUUCCCGGACAUGGAUGUUAUAGGCAUCUCUGGGAAUUAUUGUUCGGACAAGAAACCUGCUGCUGUAAAUUGGAUUGAGGGGCGCGGAAAGUCAGUUGUUUGUGAAGCAAUUAUUAAAGAAGAGGUGGUUAAGAAGGUCUUGAAGACCAACGUGGCUGCCUUAGUGGAACUUAACAUGCUUAAAAACCUUGCUGGUUCUGCUGUUGCUGGUGCUCUUGGUGGAUAUAAUGCUCAUGCCAGCAAUAUUGUUUCUGCUAUUUUUAUAGCCACUGGUCAAGAUCCAGCUCAAAAUAUUGAGAGCUCUCAUUGCAUAACCAUGAUGGAAGCCGUCAAUGAUGGGAGAGACCUUCAUAUCUCAGUGUCCAUGCCUUCCAUUGAGGUCGGUACAGUUGGAGGUGGUACUCAGCUAGCAUCUCAGUCUGCUUGCUUGAAUUUGCUGGGCGUGAAGGGUGCGAGCAAGGAGUCACCGGGAUCGAACUCUAGACUCUUGGCCACCAUUGUCGCUGGUUCAGUUUUGGCAGGAGAGCUUUCUCUGAUGUCUGCCAUUGCCGCAGGCCAGCUUGUAAGGAGUCACAUGAAAUACAAUAGAUCAAGCAAGGAUGUCUGUAAAAUGGCAAGUUGAAGAGAAGAAACGAUGUGGGGUCCCAGCCAUCAAUUGUGUGGCUUAAAAAUAAAGCCAGAGUGGUAUUUGAGCAAGCACACGUGAAUUUGGGGAAGAAAGAAGAAAAUACCAAGGUUGUACCUGUGGGUGGCCAUGUGAGAUUGCCUACUCUUUGGUGUUUGUGAAUGUAAAGUCAGAUGAUUAUUGUAUGGAGAUGUUGAGUGGACCCUGUGAUUCAUUGGAGGCACAACUUUGAUAGCUUUUCAUGGCUGGUCAUCGGAGGCACGUUAGCUUUUCUCACAGCUAAGAAGUCGUUUAAUGUGUUGUACUAUACUUUUUUUUUCUUUUUCUUUGUGUUUGGUGGGGGGACCAGACCGCGAAGUGGGUUUGUUGAUUUUUCUUGUGUCGUUUUCUUCAUUUCAGCUAAAUGAAUCGAAUUGGACGGUGCUUUUUUCA